UUUGGCUCCCUCCUGGGUCUGGGGGUCGUGCUGAGCAGUGCUUCUGAAGAGUGGUCCAAGCCCUCCUUGUCGCGCCUGUACCCGGAGCAUCCUUUGGCUGAUUGACUUGGAACUCUCGGGUUUCUUUUUUUGGCCCCAGCUGUCCCUCCUAUCUCGCCCGCCCCCGCCAUCCAGGUGCUUUAGCGCCUGAAGCCACCGGACCUCUUGUGGCUUGAACCGCAGGCCAGACUAGACCCGGGCAGCCUACAGCGUCCAAGAGUUUGGCGACAUCUGCCCGGCCGGUUUGGCGGCUUGCACCUUGUGCCUUUCACUAGCAAAGUUUCUGGGUGGAGAAGCCCCUCCAGCCUUUGCUUGAUUCCAGGAGCAAGCGUGCAGUUCUUCUCUCCCUAGUGACUGAGCUUGAGGACGGAGUAGUGACAUUACUCCUGCCCCCAGCCCGGCUGUCUUGGAGGCGGGGCCUGGGGAAUCCGUAGAGCCACCUGGAGAACCUGUGAUUUGGCGCGGAUCUUGAGAGAGCACCGGUGAACACAUGAGAGGGCGAGCUAAGAGCCAUAACCUAGAAGUAGCUAAGGUAUCCUGGCGCUGAACCCAAUCCUCCAGGGAACGCUCAAACUGCGCCCUUUCUUCUGCUCUGGCUCAAUUUGCUACUGAAUUGAGAGGGCACACUGCUCAGAAUAUCUCCCGGGGAGCUGCUAGCAGUGUCUUGACAGAGUGGCUACCCUCCUGCCUGGAGCCGGGGGGCGAAAGGAGCUGCCACGGAAAGGAAAACGCUGUUCCCAUGUCUUUUCAUACGCUUGGAACUGGACUCCUGACUCGGCGCUGGGAUGCUUGCUUUUGCCUUGUCCAAAUUUCUCAGCACGUAUAUUGACGAUUGGAUUCCUGGGCCAAUCAAGAAUCAAGUUCAGAGUGGUCCUCUUGGACUCUUCAUCCCAGACUCCACAUCUAAUUGGGUCUAGAAGACAGGAGUCUCUGGUUCUAAUUAGUUGAUCUCCAUUCUGGAAUUCAACUUGACAGAGCCCACUUGACUGUUACUUGGACUGCAGUGGCUGCAGGUUCUGUUGGGAUGGGUGGAGUGGUGCUGUGAACACCAGACCACAACACUCAGAACCUCCACAAUGGACAGAGUUUAUGAAAUUCCUGAGGAGCCAAAUGUAGAUCCAGUUUCAUCUCUGGAGGAAGAUGUCAUCCGUGGGGCCAACCCUCGAUUUACCUUUCCAUUUGGUAUCCUGUUCUCCACCUUUUUGUACUGUGGGGAGGCUGCAUCUGCCUUAUACAUGGUUAGAAUUUAUCGAAAGAAUAAUGAAACCUUCUGGAUGACAUACACCUUUUCCUUCUUUAUGUUUUCAUCCAUUAUGGUCCAGUUGACCCUCAUUUUUGUCCACAGAGAUCUGGCCAAAGACAAACCACUGUCAUUAUUUAUGCAUCUAAUCCUCUUGGGACCUGUUAUCAGGUGUUUGGAGGCCAUGAUUAAGUACCUCACACUGUGGAAGAAAGAGGGGCAGGAGGAGCCGUAUGUCAGCCUCACCAGAAAGAAGAUGCUAAUAGAUGGCGAGGAGGUGCUGAUAGAAUGGGAGGUGGGCCACUCCAUCCGGACCCUGGCUAUGCAUCGCAAUGCCUACAAACGUAUGUCACAGAUCCAAGCCUUCCUGGGCUCAGUGCCCCAGCUGACCUAUCAGCUCUAUGUGACCCUGAUCUCUGCAGAGGUCCCCCUGGGUAGAGCUGUGCUAAUGGUCUUUUCCCUGAUGUCUGUAACCUAUGGGGCUACCCUCUGCAAUAUGUUGGCUAUCCAGAUCAAGUAUGAUGACUACAAGAUUCGCCUUGGGCCACUAGAAGUCCUUUGCAUCACCAUCUGGAGGACGUUGGAAAUCACUUCCCGCCUCAUGAUUCUGGUGCUCUUCUCAGCUACCUUGAAGUUGAAGGCUGUGCCCUUCUUAGUGCUCAACUUCCUGAUUAUCCUUUUUGAGCCUUGGGUUAGGUUCUGGAGGAGUGGUGCCCAGAUGCCCAAUAAUAUUGAGAAAAAUUUCAGCCGUGUUGGCACCCUGGUGGUGCUGAUUUCAGUCACCAUCCUCUAUGCUGGCAUUAACUUCUCUUGCUGGUCAGCUUUGCAGUUGAGGUUGGCAGACAGAGAUCUUGUUGACAAAGGUCAAAACUGGGGACAUAUGGGCCUGCACUAUAGUGCGAGGUUGGUAGAGAAUGUGAUCAUGGUCUUGGUUUUUAAGUUUUGGGGAGUCAAAGUAUUGCUGAAUUACUGUCAUUCCUUGAUUGCCCUGCAGCUUAUUAUUGCUUAUCUGAUUUCCAUUGGUUUCAUGCUACUUUUCUUCCAGUACUUGCACCCAUUGCGCUCACUCUUCACUCAUAACGUAGUAGACUACCUCCACUGUGUCUGCUGCCAUCGGCACCAUCAGCGAAGGGCUGAGAACUCAGAGCCAAGCUUUGAGGCUGAAACAAGACAAAGCAUUGUCUGAUUCUAUCAUCUGAGUAUCAUGGGAUGGUUUGGGGGUUGCCAAGAUCAACUCUGAAAUUGAAGGAGAGGGUGAGGCUCAUGGAUGAGUACUCAACAGAACAUUUUCUUGAGUAUUCUGGUAAGUCUAUCAGAAGAGUGACCCCCAAAUAGGUUUUACUUCUUGGAGAUUUACUGCUAUGUUUGGAAACCAGGAGUGGAACAGUCAGAAAUAUUGUUCACGCCCCUUCUACCCAGGUCAGUUGAGAUAACUGACCUCUAAGCACCUUAGGCUCUCUGUGACUUUGCAGGUCUGUUUGUUUGCUUGGGGCAAAAGAGUUUGCCCAAAAGGUGCUGAAGACUCAGAAUCUCACUAGAAUAUAUCCUGCUAAACAGAAUAUGUGGCAGCUUACUAGAUAUGGGUAUCUCUCAGGAAACCCUCUGACUAUUGUGGAACCUACAGAUAUGAGUGUGACUAGAUUCUUUUAACUCCAAUGAGAAGCUCUGACCAAGAAGAAAAGAGCCCCACCAUUAAAAGAGCUGCUCCCCAGAUGUAUUAGAUCUCUAUUAGGAUUUUACUAAUGGCUAUUCACAGGUCAUUUGCAGUGGUCUUUCAUAGGUACACCUUGAGGAGGGAGUGCAGGGUAGGGUUCCUUCAGGGUGUAAGCCAGAAUGACUCUUUUCUUAGGAACCUGCAUGGGCAUCCAGUUGUCAAGUGGAAUGGUUACUUAUUGCCUCAUUAACAGGGAUUCCCUCUAACCCAGCUAUUCUGUGCUCUUGUCAUUUUACUAUUUGAUGUAGGCCUCAGGGAAUCUGAAAUGUAAUUGAAACUGUUUCUGUAUAUGAAAGAAAUGAAGACUUCUUUGUGUC